GGGUGCGGGCCUCCCACCCUACCCCAAUCUCUCGGAAACUGAAAUCCCUGCAGCGGGGAGGAAGGGCACUCUUCCCCCGCCGCCGCCGCCGCCCAGAGACGUUCCCCCUCCCGCGGCCGCGCACCGGCGCAGUAACCCCCUCAUUCACCGCAGCGGGGCCGGGGUGCGGGCGCGGGAUGUGAGCGCGCCGCCCAAUGGGCCCUUGCGCUCCGCAGCCCGCGCCCCCGCCCGCGCUCCGAGCCUAUCAUUUGAAUGAGCCGAGCCGGCCGGGAGGGGCGGGAGCUCGUCCGCCCUCCGAGGAGGGGCUGCAUUGCAGGGGUAGCCCGGGCUGUGCCUCUGCCGCGGAGAGGAAAGACAAAGCCGCCGAGCCCAGCCGCUUCUCCACCUGAAGCCCGAGCACCCGGAGGCACCCCGAGUGCUCCCACCGUCUCUGGAACGCGCUGGUCAUUCCUUGAGGACAGUUAUGAGGGACCCUGUGAGUAGCCAGUACAACUCCUUUCUUUUCUGGAGGAUGCCCAUUCCAGAACUGGAUCUGUCGGAGCUGGAGGAUCUGGGUCUGUCAGAUGCAUCUACCUACCAGAGCAAAAAUAGCACCGCUGGGAACAUGACUGGGGAAGCCACUGGAGCAGAGCAGAAGACACCCGAAGGCGAUGUCCUCCUGGAGUACAGCACCUUUAACUUCUGGAGAGCUCCCAUCGCCAGCAUCCACUCCUUUGAAUCGGAAUUACUCUAAGGCCAAGACUUCUCUCUCCCACCACCUGUCCUGUUUUCCCUUCCAAGCCCCUUCCUACCCUUCCCCCAUUUUAAUCUUGCUUUUCCCCUCUCUUGCGUGGAGGUGGUGCCAGAGUUGUGUUGUAUUUAUUUAUUUAUGUAUUUAUUUAUGGAUUUGUCUUACUAGUUUCCCUCAAAACCUUCAAGGCACAAAAGGGUUCAAGCUAAGUGUUGGGUCUUUGUUCCCAGAUAUUAAUUCCAGGAAAGAGGCCUGAUGGGGGCACCCAAGAGUAAUCCAGUAGUUUAAAAUGGAGGACUAAUUUUUCCCCCAAUUUAAUCAGCUCCAGAGAUUGCUCAAAUCUCCCAAUAUCCUGUAACUGGGUAGUAAACGCUAGUAGUUCUUUAAGGAUUGAUGAAAACAUUUGAAGUUUUAAUUUGAUAUUUGCUAUGAGAACGGUGGAUUUCUAAGACUGCUUAUUGAUCCUGCUGGUUAUACUCUUGCAGAGAAAGUGUAGGAGGUGGUAUAAAAUGAGAUUAUACAUCAUGUGAAACGGGAAGGGGGAAGCACGAAGUCAUUUCUGAAAUUGCUAUAUUGAGCCUGCCCACUUUACAACUUUGCUCCUGUGAGCUGUAAAAUGCUGAGAAAAAUAACUGAUUUUUAGGGCUAGGGAUAUGUGGUUCUUCCUAGCUAUGAGCCUCUGGAUUUGAUUCCCAGCAUGUAUUUAAAGGAAAAUAAAUAAGAUUAAAAAGAAAGAAAACUACUAAUUUCAGGUCUUAAAAAGCAAUCGUGCUAUUAUCAUUAUAAAAGUUCUAAAUGGUGUAGUGUUGGGUCACUAGUAUUUGAUUGCCUCUGAUAACUUACAAAGCCCUGUUGACAAUUUGACAUGUCAGAUGUGUCAAAUGUCAGCAUAGCUAACUUGAGACCUUCAGAUGAAGUUCCAUUCUGAUCCUAUACCUUGUCUCCCUCCUCCCCAAAACGAUUGCUGGCAACUUGUGCCAUUUACUUUUAUCUAAUAAAGACACUCAACCCCAGAAAUGAA